AUGGGCAAGCACAAACCGAUCUUUGAUCCCAGCGUGGACUGCGGCGACUACGUCGUCGUGACCAACGCGCGCAAGGUUAAGGUGACCGGCAGGAAGGCCGACCAGCUCGUGUACCGCCAUCACACAAUGUUUCCCGGCGGCCUCAAGGAGAUCCCGUACGAUAUAAUGAUGAAGCGCAAGCCGGACGAGAUCAUCCGCCAGGCCGUGUCAGGCAUGCUGCCCAAAAACAAGCUGCGAGAACGCCGACUGGAGCGUCUCCGGAUAUUCGAGGACGAGGACAUGGGAGUGUUCAAGCACAACAUCAUCAAGCGCUGGGAGGAUGGGCCUGCGAUCCAGCAAUCCGGACAGUACUUAUGCCCUGACAGACGUAGGCCUCAUUUCAAACCUUACCAGCAGAAGCUCGGCGAACUCUUGGGGGAUUCAGAUGUUCCACCGCAGUCCGAGUUUGCCCUAGGAGAGAUCGCAUGGUUCUGCCAACAACCCCCAGAAGACCGUACGUAUGCUGAGCUCGAUCUGGCGGUGGUCCUCCAAGCCACACUCGACCACGCGCAUACUUGCGGGCACAGCAGCCACCGCUCCACUGCGUACGCCGUAGCCGCGUGCUACGCCUCCGAGGAUUCUCAACGGCUGAAACGCUUUUUGCGACCUCGGCACUGUGUGGUUUAUGGCCGUUUAGAGGGGAUGCCUACUACACGGCAACGACGCAGUCUGAUCUUGCCACUCCAACAGGAAGUCAGCCCUUACACGUUGGGCCCCCACGAAAAAACCAUGAAGAUGCAUUCACCGCCGAGUGUAAGGUUUUAUGCUGUAGUCGAGCGGUUUCUCCACCUGGACGACAUACCCGGCUACACUGGUAAAGCAAUCCUGGUUGACGCAGCGCACAUCAUCCCGCCCCCAAUCUGCGUCUUCGACGGUACAGACAUGACGAACAGCCUCUCCAGUCUGGCGACACUCGGGAUCCUGACGCGCUACACGGACCCCCCGGAGGACUUUCCGCAGCACAUCGACGCCCCCGACACGGAUGAUGCCCAGACACCGAACGAGUACGCCUACAAGACCUACAGCGACAUCGUCAUCAUCGCCCUGCCCGCCUCGACCAUCAUAUUCCGCAAUCACGCGGAGAGGGAUAUCCCACUCCCCAAUCCGAGGCAUUUGGCGUUCCAUGCUGCGCUAUGUGGCGUCCUCCACGCGACCGGGACAGGGAAGAUGUUCCAUCGCGUGUUGAGGACGCUGGACCUGGCGUGCAGGGCUGGCAGGCCGACGAACAAGCGGCGCACCGGCGAGGAUUUUCGUGCUGCGGUCACGGUCGCUAGCCUGAGGCGGUUCUCGUCCCAACUUCGCGUGUAG